AUGUCAUCGCAUCUAGGUAACGUUGUGAAUGGAACUAUUGGCAAGCAGAUGGUCGAUAUGCUUGUGGAGUCGUCCAACAAUGUGGAGAUGAUUCUGAAAUUUUUUGAUAUGUUCUUAAAAUUGAAGGAUUUGACUUCUUCUGAUGCAUUCAAAGAAUAUGACCCUGAUGGUAAAGGGAUAAUUUCAAAGAGGGAUUUUCACAAGGCAAUGGAAAGCCAUAAGCAUUACACCCAGUCUGAAACGGAGUUUCUCCUAUCAUGUGCUGAAACAGAUGAGAAUGAGACUCUGGACUAUGAGGAAUUUGUGAAACGAUUCCAUGAACCUGCCAAAGACAUUGGUUUCAAUGUUGCUGUUCUCUUGACCAAUCUGUCAGAACACAUGCCCCAUGAUACCCGCUUGCAAACUUUUCUUGAACUGUCAGAAAGUGUGCUGAAUUACUUUCAGCCUUUCCUUGGACGCAUAGAAAUCAUGGGCAGUGCCAAGCGCAUUGAACGAGUUUAUUUUGAAAUAAGUGAAUCAAGUCGGACUCAGUGGGAGAAACCUCAGGUAAAAGAGUCGAAGAGACAAUUUAUAUUUGAUGUUGUAAAUGAAGGUGGGGAGAAAGAAAAGAUGGAGCUUUUUGUUAAUUUCUGUGAGGAUACCAUCUUUGAAAUGCAACUGGCUGCCCAAAUUUCUGAGUCAGAUCUGAAUGAAAGGUCAGCAAAUAAAGAGGAGAAUGAGAAAGAUAAGCCUGAGGAACAGGAUCCUAGAAUAGGUUUCUUCUCUCUCAUGACCAUGAAGUCAGCAUUAGUAGCUCUCAAGUGUAAUUUAAUGACUCUUAUGAAAAUGCUCAGUAUGAAGAGCCUAAAGAAACAGAUGAAGAAAGUAAAAAAAAUGACCAUGAAGGACAUGAUCAUGACUUUAUUUUCUUCCUAUUGGAGCAUUUUGAUGGGCUUACUACAUUUUGCCUGUAGUGUUGUCCGGGGCUUCUUUCGCAUCGUAUGCAGUUUACUGCUUGGAGGAAGCCUAGUAGAAGGAGCAAAGAAAAUCAAGGUGGCUGAACUGUUAGCUAAUAUGCCAGAUCCCACUCAGGAUGAGGUGCGUGGCGAAGGAGAAGAGGGCGAGAGGAAGCCAACAGAAGCUGCAUUGCCUACAGAAGACUUGACAGAUCUGAGAACUUUAUCAGAAGAGAGUGAUCUGCUUUCAGAUAUAUUUGGUUUGGAUUUGAAACGAGAAGGUGGACAGUAUAAAUUGAUCCCUCACAAUCCAAAUGCUGGUUUGAGUGAUCUGCUGGGCACUCCCUCCUUGGCUCCAAUGCCUGAGGUGAAGGAAAAAGUCCAGGAGCAGGUGAAAGAAGAUGAAAAGGAAGAGAAGGAGGAAACAAAAUCUGAACCUGAAAAGGCAGAAGGAGAAGAUGGAGAAAAGGAAGAGAAAGCCAAGGAAGACAAAGGAAAACAGAAAUUAAGACAACUUCAUACUCACAGAUAUGGAGAACCAGAAGUUCAGGAAUCAGCUUUCUGGAAGAAAAUCAUUGCAUACCAACAGAAGCUUCUU